AUGUCCGAAAAGGGUGAAGUUAACCUUACUGGAGCUAAACAAAGUAAUGGCGUGUGGCUUGUUAAGGUUCCCAAAUAUUUAGCCCAACAGUGGGACAAAGCAAAAGAGAAAGGAGAGGUGGGAAAGAUUACAAUUGGAAAGAAGCAAGGCAAAAGUCAGGUUUGUUUCAGCUUGAAUGAAGAGCUAACCUCUGUGGGUGCUGCACAGGAAAGCGAUACACCUCUGAAGGUCCCCAGAGAGCAUCCCUUCACCAUGAACUCACUGGGUGGACAGACCUUAGCUGUCUUCAGCCAGGGUGAAAAAGGAAGGUCAGAGCUGCAAGCACAGGGCCUUGAAACAGAUGGAGGUAUGAAUGAAAUAAGUCUGGAGGGCAUGGUUGUGCACAGAGCUGAAUGCAGACCCGUUAUUACUGACAACUACAUGAAGCUGAAGAAGGUGCAGAUGAAGGAGUCCUUGAAGCUUCAGCGUUUGUCCCAGCAGCUAGAGAGAGCAAUCACCACCGUCUUCAAGCCUGUGGCCAAUCACAACUUCAACGUGGAAUAUGAGAAAAAGAAGAAAUCCGAGGGCAAGAUGGUCAGAGCUGAGCGACAGGUGGUGUUGGACAUGCUCUUCUCUGCCUUUGAGAAACACCAGUAUUACAACAUAAAGGACCUGGUGGACAUCACCAAGCAACCUGUGACGUACCUGAAAGAGAUCAUGAGGGAAAUUGGUACCUACCACAGCAAAGGUGCUCACAAAAGCAUGUGGGAGCUGAAAGCAGAGUACAGGCACUACCAGUCAGCUGAGGAGGAGGAAGAGAUGCAGACGGUCUAA